GCCCAGGCUGGCUCACAUUUCGGGCCCGGACAGACGCAGGAUGGCUCGCUCGGUGACCGUGGUCUUUCUGGUACUUGGCCUGGUGCUUGUCUCACUGGCCGGCUCCUAUGCUCUUCAGAAAUCCCCUCAUGUUCAAGUCUACUCGCGCCACCCACCAGAAAAUGGGAAACCAAACUUCCUCAACUGCUACGUAUCACAAUUUCAUCCUCCCCAAAUUGAAAUCGAACUGCUGAAGAAUGGCGAAAAGAUGAACAACGUACAGAUGUCAGAUCUGUCCUUCAGCAAGGACUGGUCUUUCUAUAUCCUGGCUCACGCUGAAUUCACACCCACUGCGACUGAUUCAUUCGCCUGCAGAGUUAAACAUGUCACUAUGAAGGACCCCAAGACGGUCACCUGGGAUCGAGACAUGUAGUCAAGCAUCACAGAGCUCUGAGGACUGAAGACAUUUGGACCAGUUUAAUUCCAAACCCAAUUUCUAAUAUGCUAUACAAUUUAUUCACACAGUAAGAAAUCGCAGUGUACACAUCAUCAUCUUUAUAUCUUACUUUAAAUGUUUUAUGCAUGGAUAAAGCUUCAAUGAAAUAAUAAAUAUAGUUAAGAACAAUAGUUGAUCACAUGCCAAACCCUCUGUACUUUUCAUUAGUUGGAUGCAGUUGUUUGUCUUUGGUCUAUCACAACAGAAGUGAGAUACUUUCUUCUUAGUGAGGCAAAGAGGCCUGACUGAAGUCUGUCACUGUGCCCAGCAGCCUAGCAGUUCUCGUCCCCAACCCCGUGGCUACUUCCGCUUAAAAAUAAAAAACUACAAAAAAAAAUGCUGCUAGACAUUGCCAGUGUUAUGUGAAGUGGUUUCUAGGUAGCCUUAAAUGUUUGCAAGUGUGUGUGUGGUUUUCAUCACCUGAAGAGCCAGUGUGUGUCUUAGAAGGUUCUUGUAAAAGCAGGCUCCUCAACAAGGGUCUGGAGGAAAGUACCUAAGAAAGGACUCCAAAGCAGAAGAGUGGGAGGUGGUUGGUGAGGGACACGGAAUAGGAAGAACCUGAGGGGAGUAGGGAUUUCAGACAUGCUGGUCCCACAGGGAACUCUGGAGCAAAGAUCACAUCUUAAGUUUGUCUUGGCAAUGUGCACAGCUUGUUGCUGGCUCUACAGGACUCUAUGCUAGGAUGAAAGCCCUGAUACUUUGGGAUGCGGUUGUGGUUUUCAGUGGCAAAUUAUGUAAAGGCUAGGGUAUGGUUCUUACUGCUGGAUGUAGGUGGAGCAUUGGUCACUACUGUGUUUCCUGUUAAAUUCUGCUGGGUCUACAGCACACGCAGUCUGAAAACCCCACUCCACAUUCAGAGUUGGCUAAUGUUAAAGAGGGAAUGCAAAGCAUUUUGGAAAUAAGUUAGAAUCCUAAUCUUACAAAAGUUACUAUAACAUCCCUGAGUUGAGCUUUUAAUUUUGAUAGUUUAAUUGUGUCCCCAAAGAUCCUUUUGUGGCUGGAGGUCUAGUCUCCAGGGUGGCGAUAAUGAGAAGUGGUGAGAGCUCUAAGAGGGAGUCUGGUGGGACGUCCUGUCAAGGGACAAGAAGCCUUCUGAGUUCUGAGAGGGUUGUUGGAAUGGCAGCAAGCCUGGCCUCUUCUGUCCUUCUGCUGCUUGAGCAUGUACCUGAUGAACGCCUUCCAUCUCUGUGGUGGGAAAGAGGAGCCUUUGGCAUAGAGUGUGUACUUACUGUUAACAUUUUGAAACUUCCAAACUCUUAAGUUAAAUAAAUCUCUUCUUACUAAGUA